CCAUUGUUGGACAGCCCCACAGCCUGUGCUUGAGCUGAAAGUUGAAACCUGCCGCUCAGCAGCGCUUGUUUUUGAAUUCUGCAACACUAGAUACGGCAAUUGCGCUUGUGUCUUGAUGUUGUGAACAUAACAUUACCUGGCAAAGCCUCCGUUGGCUGUUGGCGACCAAUCGACCAACGAGAAGAGGUCCUGCUGCAACAAUGCACGCGCUUUGACUAGGCGCCUUGGCGCCUUUGAGCGCCUGUACUUUCAAGCCUAAUGGCGUUAUCGUACAGCCAGCGGGCGUCAAGGCACCGAAAAUUGCUCUGGGCCUUGGCUGCUUCGGGCGCUGGGCUUGUGCUUCUGGAAGGACGGCUACGUGAGGAGGCUCUGGAGCGUGGCACGACAAAGCAGCAAAUUGCACGGGAGCGCAUCUCCGAGGCGGCAUCGACGGUGCGCACCGCAUCCACCGUCGCGGGGGCGCUGCUGCGGACUGCCGUGCGGACUUCCAUUGAUGCGGUGGAGCGGCGGCAGUUCGACUCGGGCCGCUUCAGUGCUGCCCUGGCCGCCACAGUCGCCGACCUAGCUGCAGACGCGCCCUCGCGCCGCCAGCUGCUGGCGGCAGGCGGCGGCCUCUUCCUGGACUGGCUGCUACAACUGGCCUAUCCCGAACUGCCGGCAGUAGCAGCAACAGCGGCAGCGGCUACAGCUGCGGCGGCGCCGCCCUCCUCGGCAGUAGCAGAUCCAACAGCGGGGUUGCCUGGGUUGCCGGAGGGAGCGGCUGAUGGCGGAGCAAGCGCCAGUGGAGCCGGCGGCGGCUUAUGUGGACCGGAGGGCGUGGCUGGGUUCUGGGAGCAGCAGCAGCGGCUGUGGCAGCAGCAGCAGCAGCAGCAGCAGCAGUCGGGGGAGGCGGGGGAGGCGGGGGAGAGCGGCGUGGCGGCGCAGCUGCGGCGGCUGCGCCUGGGACUGGGGCCGUCGCCGGCGGGUGCGGCCGCGGGCGGCGCGGGGGAGGAGGACGCGGCGGCGGCGCGUGUGGCAGCGCGGCGGUCCCUGGCGGCGGAGAGAGCGCUUGAGAGCAUCCUGCAGGAUGAGGAGUCGGCUCGGCUGUUGCUGGAGCGGCCUGGCGCGGUUCCCCGGCUGCUGCGGGCGGUGGGGUCGGGCGAGGCCAGUGCGGCGCUGGCGGCGGCGCUGGCGGCGCGGGCGGCGGAGCCGCGAGCGGCGGAGGAGGCGAUGACGGCAGACCUGCAGGCGGCCGUAGAGGUGCUGCGCGGCCGCGGCGGAGCGGCCGCCGCCGCCGCCAGCGGCGCUCUGGGCGGCGCCGGCUUCGCCUUUGGCGGCAGCAGCCUGUUCCUGCAGCGCAUCGCGGCGGGGCUGCUGGCGGCGUGGGCGGCGGGCAGCGCCGCCAAUCGCGCCAAGCUGACUGGGCUGGGGCUGCAGGCGGCGGUGGCGCAGGUGGCGACGGCGGUGAGCGGCAUUGGCGAGCAGCCGGCGGUGGAACUGCAGUGGGAGCUGCUCAGGCUGACGCGCGUGAUGUCGGAGCACGCCACCCCCGGCGAGUCCCACCACUUGGCCGCCUGCCUGAUGCCGCUGCUCUACACAGCAGCGGACGCCGCGGCAGCAGCAGACGCCGCCAUGGCCGCCUACGCCGUCGACACGCUGGCGGCGGCGGUGGCGGCGGGCGGCGAGCCGGUGGCGGAGCGGGUGGCGGCCAGCACGCUGCCGCACCUGCUGUGGCAGCUGGCCAAGGACAUGGGCGCGCACAGGGUCUACCCGCCCAAGCCCGCGGCGGGUGCUGCAACGGGCGGGGCGGCGGCGGCCGCAGCGGCGGGCGCGCGGGACGGAGCACACGGAGCACGGCCAGGCGGCGCCGCGGCGGCGGCGGCGGCGGCGGCGGCUGCUGGGUCGGCCCCUGCAGGCAGUGCCGGUGGCGCUGCGGCGCACGCCGGCGCGGCGAAAGGGGCGGCGGCGGGCAAAGGAGGUGCGGCGGCGGCCGGCGGCGGCGGCGGCGGGCCGCGGCCGGCGGCGCAGGUGGCGGCGGAGAAUGCGGCGGCGGCGCGGCGGGCCAAACGCAGUGGCGCCGUCAUGCAGGUCAAGGACCCGGCGGUGGCGGCCUCGGUGGCGGGCGCGGUGGCGGAGCUGGCCCGGGCGGGGCUGCUGCCGGCGGAGCACGUGCCGCGGUGGCGGGACUGGCUGCUGGACGUGCUGUGCGUGGAGGGGCCGGAGGCGGGAGAGGCGGCUGUAGCAGCAGCGGGCGCCGCAGCGGCUGUAGCAGCAGGAGGAGGAACAGGAGCAGGAGGUGGUGGAGGUGGAGGAAGUGGUGCAGCGGUGCAGCAGCAGCAGCAGCGCGGCGUGUCGCCGCCGCGCGCGCACGCCGCGGGGCGGCCGCAGCGGAUGCAGCAGCAGCAGCAGCAGCAGCAGCAGCAGCAGGAGGCGGGGGCCUCGGGGCGGGUUGGGGGGCGGGAGCCGGGGCGACACGUGUCGCUGCCGUCCUGGAUGUCCAUUCCGCUGCCGCAACAGACCGGGGCUAGCAGCGGCGGCGGAGUCGGAGGCGGCGAGGACACCGGCGCUGAGGGCCCGUCAGCGGCUGGUGGCGGCGGCGGGGGUGGUGUGGCGCGGGAGUGGCGGCGCGGCGUGUCGGCGGCGGCGGCGGCGGCGGCGGCGCCGUCUUCUGAUGCGGAGUUGGUCCGGCUGCGUGGCGCUGUGGUGGCGGCACUGGCGGCUCUGUCGCAAAUGCCUGGGAACCACGGUCUGCAGGCCGCGCACUACUGGCUUAGCCGGCUGCUGAGCGAGCUGGCUGGCCGCACGCUGCCGUACACGGCUCUGGUGUACACGGCGGAGGGGCCGCGCAGCCCGCAGGACCUGGUGCACGCAGUGCCGGUGCUGCCCAGCUACGUGCAGUCGGCUGUGGAGGCGCUGGAGCGGGCGGCGGACGCGGUGGUUGCGGAGGCCUCGCCGCCACUGCCGCUCGAGUUCGACCUGGCUGGCAGCGGCCUGGUGGGCUCGCCGGCUUGGAUCGACCGCAACCGGAAUAAAGAUAUAGAUAAGGAUAGAGAUAAGGAUAAGAAGAAGGAUGGCGCGGAGGAGCGGGCGGCGGCGGCGGCGGAGGCGCAGCGGGACCGCGCGGCGGCGGCGUAUCGGCAGGCGGCGCACGUGGUGGAUGUGGUGGUGGCGGAGAGCAAGGCCGCGGACGCGCUGGGGGCGCUGUGCGCCAUCGUGGCCCCCGACCCCGCCAAGCAGCGCUGGCUGCUGGAGCGAGGCGCGCUGCCGCUCAUGCACCGCCUCACACGCACCGCAGACGACCCGCGACUGCCCCUCGCCGAAGCAGGGCAGCCCGGCACCGAGGCCGCGGAGGCGGCGGCGGCGGCCGAGGCCGCCGUGGCGGCUGACGCCGCCGCCGUGGCGGCGGUGGGCGCCGUUGUGGUUGGCGGCGGCGCGGCGGCGGCGGCGCCGGUGGUUGUGUCGGAGUUGAUGUCGGACCACGAGGGCGGUCCCUCGCUGUGCCUGCAGCGGCAGGUGGCGAGGAUGCUGGCGCUGGUGGCGCUGCUGCCGGAGGCCCAGGACAGCCUGGGGGCGGCGGCGGCAGCCGCCGCCGCCACCACCACCUCUGGCUCACCCGCCGCGCCCGCAUCCGCAUCCGCCGCCAGCAGCCAUGGCGGCAGGGCCGGCGCCCACCCUGCUGGCGCUGAUGGCGCUGGCGGCAGGAUCAGCGCCGAUGGCGGCGCCGCCAGCUGGCCGCAGUGGCUCCGCGCCGCCGCCGGCAGUAGCGACUGCCGGCUGUCGUCCAACGCCACGCGGGCGCUGCUGCACAUGGCGGCGCUAGCCGCCAACGCGGCGGCGGUGGAGCACGCCACCGCCGCCGCCGCGGGCGUCGCCGCCAGCCAGCAGCCGCAGCAGCCGCAGCCGGCGGCGGUAGCGGCGGCGGCGGCGGCGCCUGGCGGCGGAAUCCAGGAUCCGAUGCUGGCGGCGGAGCCGCUGCCGCCCGUGUACCUGGAUGGGAUCCAUCUCUUGGAUCCAGGUGCGCGGCAUCAUUGGGCGCUAGUGAAGGAGGCGGCGCAGGCGGCGGCGCGCGUGGCGGACGCGAGGGCUGCCACCGCCGCCGCCACGACGGCGGCGGCGGCGGCGCACGUGGCGGCGCGGGGCGGCGCGGCGGCGCGCCUGCCGGGCGUGACCGUGGCGGCGGCGGACUCGUGUCCUGAGCAGGCCACGUUGUGUUCGGCAUCUGGCGCACGCGGUGGGGAUGCUGUAAAUGGCUCUGCGCCUGCUGCUCACACCAAUGGCGGCGCUGGCGGUGUUGGAGGUGGGGGUGGAGGCUACCGCUACAGCAGCCGCCCUGCACAACAAACACCAACGGCGGCGGCGGCAGACCGGGGCGCCCUGGAGGUGGUGGGCGCGCUGGCGCCCGCCAUGGCCUCAGCGGUGUACGACGCAGUGUCGUACAUGUUCGUACGACUGCCGGCGGCGGUUAUGUACGGCGCCGCUGCCUCCUUGGCGGCGGUUGGCGGCGGCGGCAGCGGCGACUGGCAGUACGGCAGCGGCGGUAGCGGUGGCGGCGGCGGCGGCGGGUCAAGCAGUGUAGCGGCAUCGCACAUGGCUGCGGCAUCCGCCGCCGAGCCCCCCGCACACGCGGUGCCUCCCUACCCCGCCCCUUACGCCCCCUCCCCAACCUCCUCCUCCUCCCCAACCUCCCCAACCUCCUCCCCCUCCCCCGACCCCGACGCCCCGCCUGACGUGGACGUUGUCUUCAUCCACGGCAUCCGCGGCGGCCCCUUCAUCACGUGGCGGCGCGCCGGCGUGAUGAGCCCGCCGCACGGCGCCGCCAGCCACAUGCAGCGCGGCGCCUGCUGGCCGGCCACCUGGCUGGCGGCCGACUUCCCGGGGGCGCGGCUGCUGAGUGUGGAGUACCUGGCGCCCGUGUCGGCGUGGGAGGGCGAGUCUCUGCCGCUGGAGGACAACGUGAGCCGAGUCAUGUGCCAGCUGGCGGCGGCGGGUGUGGGCUGCGGGCGGCGGCCGGUGGUGUUCGUGGCGCACAGCAUGGGCGGCCUGCUGGUCAAGGAGAUGUUGGCCAGGAGCAUGGACCAGGCGGAGGCGGGCGGCGGCCCCAACGCCGCGCUGGCCGCCUCCACCCGCGGCGUGGUGUUCUUCGGCACGCCCCACUUCGGCAACGGCAUGGCGGCCAUGGGCUGGCGACUGCGCCACCUGCCGGGGGCCUACCCCGCGGCCUCACUGGCGCGACUCACGCCCGGCCCUCACCUGCUGAGCCUCAACGCGCGGCUGCACGCGCUGCACGAGCAGCGCCCUGGGCAGCUGCGUGUGGUGUCGCUGCUGGAGGGGCUGCCCACGCAGCUGUCGGGCGUCAUCCCGCGCAUCCUGGUGGUCGGGCCCGACAGCGCCUACCCCGGCUUUGGCGCCGCGCUGACGCUGCCGCACAACGACCACAUCGACUGCUGCAAGCCGGCCGGCACCGCCGCGCCGGGUUACGUGGUGGUGCGGGACACGGUGGAGCAUGCGCUGCGGAGCUGGGGCGGAGGUGGCGGGGGUGGAGGUGGUGGGGGUGGUGGUGGGGGUAGGGGUGGGGGUGGGAAGGUUGGGGCGGAGGCGGGCGGGUAGGAGGUGCAGGGCCCUGCCGGGAUUGGCAGGCAGGCGGGAUCAGCAGGAGACAGGGAGGACUGAGGUGCGUAGGGAAGGGUACGGUGCGUGUGUGUGUGUGUGUGUGUGUGUGUGUGUGUGUGUGUGUGUGUGUGCUGGUGAGGGGCGGGUGUACCAUUUAUUCGGAAUCCGAGGGAGCCCACACCUUCCUCGGGGUGUGGGGGGGGGGAGGGACUGGGGGCACGGGCAUUCCGUUGCGGCUGUGUGGUGCGGGAAUGGAUGUCCGCUCGACAGUUGUCUGGUGACGCAGUCGCUAGUUGCUGGCAGUGAAGACAAGCGCACUAGCGCGUGCAUGAACGUCUGUCACAACAGUAGGUGGGCGGCGCCUUUGCUGCUGCUGUGUGGUGCGGCUGUGGUCGGCGCCAACGCCAACGUCGCGUGUGCACGGCAGCGACAGGCAGCCGGCAGCGACAGGCAGCGGCGUGAUGAUGUGGAGCGUGGAUAGACCCCCGGUGUGUGGGAUAGUCUGGGCUGGCCGGCUGGGGUGGGUGGGGUGGGAUGCCCGUGCGUGUGCAUGGGCAGUGGCGGGGGGGGGCAAACCAACGAAGAUUGCAGGGUGCAAACCUGACCGCAUGUGUCAUGCGUCCAGUUUUGUUGAACUGUUGUGCUGCCACGCCAAGUGUGGCAUUGCGGUUGGAUAGCAUGAUUAUCAUGGAUAUCAUGGUGUGUUGCUGUGACGCAUUCACGACUGUGAGGCCGCUGCGACCUCGUUCCGUGUUGCGGCUUGCAAUGUACCCCGCACCGACCCGGAUCCAGCUG